AUGGAUGCCAUUCCUUCUGAAGGAAUCAAUUUAUUCGAAUACCUUUCAGAAAAUCUAUACACAUAUUUAGACAUUGAUGAUAGUACUUCGAUUUUAAUAUUAAAGAAUACCAAUACUAGCAACAUAUAUUCAAAGAAAUUUUUGAGCAAUACUACAUAUAAUCUAUUGUCAGCAUUGUUGAAUACAGCUAGAACAGGAUCAGCUCAUAAGCAUGCUGGUAUUUCAUUGAGUGCAUUUCUGACUAGUAUAUUAAUGUCAUUUAUGAUAUUUAUAAUACAGGCAAUUAUAUUUAUACUAUUAAGAAAUCAUUUAAAGGAAUUAUAUCAAACUACAAUUUUGAGUAAAUAUCAUUCUAGUUCAGAGAUAUCAUCAAAUUCUGUUAGUUCAAUUAUUAAUGGAGAAUUAAAUGAGAAUGCAACAUAUUUCGGGUGGAUUAAAACUGUAUACAAAGCAAAUAUGGAAAAAUACCUUAAAAGUAGCGGGGUUGAUGCAUACUUAUUUAUUCGAUAUCUUUAUGUAUUGAUUUUUUUCAAUUUGACUUUGGCUGUGGUGAUAAUACCAGUUCUCCUACCGAUACAUAUAUGCUCUGGUUCAAAAGAUGAAAUGGAUUUUGCUACAACGUCAUUAGAUAUUCUAAACAUGUCGAAUAUUUCAAGUGAUAAUUCAAACAUGUUAAUUUUUCAUUUCUUAUUGACUAUUUUUGUUGUCAUUUGGUUUCACGUCGUUCUUCUGAAUGAGUUGAGAUUUAUUAAGAAUCUUUCUUCUAGUGAUUAUGUCUUACAAAAUAAAAGCCAGUUACUAUUUGUGGAUAAUAUACCUAAUGAAUAUGUCACACAUACAAUAAAAAUUAAAAACUAUUUCAAUAAGAUACUUCCUGACUCGGCAAUGGAAGUUAUUCCAUUACCUCUUUCAAUAAAUAAGUUAAGAAAAGAAAAUAGCAAAUUGAAAAGACUGGAUAAUAAAAUAGAGAUAAAAUUACUCCAUAUUGUUUUAUAUAAGUACUUUUCUCAAUCGCAGGAAAAUGUUAGAAUUGUCAAUGUUUUAAAUAAAAAAUAUCUUAGAAUAUUUUGGAAUAAAAAUAAAAUUAAGUUUUACUUUCGGAAAGUAGCUUUUUGGAUUAGAACGUCACAUAAUCAUUUCCAUUUCAAAACAAAACGUAAAGAAAUUCAAUUCAAUGUAUUUAAUGGUAUACGAUUUAAAAUAUUUAUACUCCAAAGAAGAACCUUUUUGGAAACAGCAUACUCACAACUCCAGGAUUUAGUAUCAGCUAAGAAUAGCUGUCAAAAAUAUUUUCAAAAUGAAAUGACAGUAACAAAUUCACAACGAAAUGAAGACGACGAGAGAGAACUACUAAUCGGUCAACACCAAGGCUAUUAUAACAAAGUAUUUGUUUCUUUUGGUUCAAAAUUUAGCGCAUAUAUGGUAGGUAGUUUUCUAAAUUCUUUUAACAUUGAUACUUGGAAUACGGCAUUAAUUUUACCUAAUACAAAAGGAAUAAUAUGGUCAAAUUUAUUAAAAACAAAGAACUAUAAAACUUUAUUAAGAUCUGGGUUUGCAUUUACUAUCAGCGUUUUUGUGAUUCUCGGUUGGAUCAUUCCUGUUGCAUUUAUUACAUUAAUUUCGCAUAUUCCAUAUCUAACGUCACUAAUUCCGAUAAUAUCUAAAUUGAACAAUCAACCAACUAUAAUAAGUAAACUUUUGAACUCAGUAAUACCAAUAUUGUCUCUGGUAAUUAUUACGGAACUGGUCCCUUUUAUUUAUAGAUAUCUGAGUUAUAUUAGAUAUUGUAGAACUCAGGAAGAGUUGGAGAUAAAUAUCCAAUUGUGGUUUUUCAUUUUUUUAUUUGUUCAUUUAUUUAUUGUCGUUACAAUAUCUUCUGGUAUGUCUUUAUUGAUCGAGAAGAUUAUUAAUAACCCUGUCAUGAUAACUACAUUAUUAGCACAUGAAUUACCUAAAAGUUCAAAUUUUUUUUGUUCUUUCGUUAUAAUUAGAGGAUUCACAUAUUCUGGUGGAAAUUUUCUCCAAAUCAAAGAAUUAAUAUUAGAAUUAUUUUAUUAUCCUACAAGAUAUUAUUCAACUAAGAAAAAAAUCAAAAAAAUGGAAAAAUCAUUAUGUUAUAGUUGGGGAUCAAUUUAUCCUUUAUUUUCUGUCUUAGGCUGUAUAGGGAUCAUAUACAGUGUCAUAUCACCAAUUAUUCUUCCAAUAUGUUCCCUAUCUUUCUUUCUAAUAUUUUUCUCCGUAAAGUACCAAUUCGAAUUUCAAUGUUGUGGUGUAAAUAUAGCUGAAACAAAUGGGAUUUUAUAUAUAAACGCACUGACGCAACUUUAUACAGGCAUAUAUUGCUUAGAGUUUUCCAUGAUUGGUCUAUUUACAUUAUACAACAGCUAUAGAUUAUCUUUUGCAAUGCUGUUACUCUUUAUUAUUACGUUAGUCAUCCAUCAUAAUAUAUCCCUUAAUCGAAUCUCUAAAAUUCAUAAACCAACUAUUAAAUCCAUAACGGAUAAUUCCUCAUGGAAUUGCCCUUCGUAUUCAUCGUAUACGGAAAAUAAUAAAUUAUUUUCUAUUUUAAACUUUGAUAUAGGAAGAACUAUUUUGAUCCCCCAAGAUCCUUUAGAUAUAGGAACCAAAGAGCGAUCUUUUAUUUUCAAUAAAUAUGGAAUGAAAUGCGAAUUUGAUAAAACAACUAUAUCCACAACCGGCACAAUAACGUAUUUAUAG